CUCGGUAGAAAAUGUUGCUGGCGAAGCGAACGGUCAGCAGGAGCGACUGCCCCACUCCUUCCACCGCCUCGGAGAUCCCCUUGACUUUGAAAACGUGAUCCCGGGACCUUUAGUCACCGCCGAGAGGAGAGAUAAAAACAAAUAAAUAAGUAUUGAAAAAAAUUGCAAAACACUGAAUCGAUUUUUUUUGCAUUUCGAGGUAGUAACAAGGAAAAUCCAAUGCUGUUGUGCGGUGAGCGCUGUCCAUGGUGCUGGAGGUUAAGGGACUCAAGUCAGCGAAGAGAACUCAAUUAAACUACAGUUCAUCCAUCCUUCUGAUAGAGGCAACAUGAUCGAAGGCAAAUGGCACCCCGUAGCUGCUUUGUGGGUUUAUCUCUGGGGAGUAGCGGUGUUUCUAAGCUUGGUGACAACUAAAGAGAUAGAAGGCUCAAGGUCUCGUGCUCCGGCAAUGUCUCCAUCUGACUUUCUGGACAAAUUGAUGGGACGGACAUCAGGGUACGAUGCAAGAAUUAGACCCAAUUUUAAAGGCCCUCCUGUUAAUGUCAGCUGCAACAUAUUUAUUAACAGCUUUGGUUCAAUUGCAGAGACAACAAUGGAUUACCGUUUAAACAUCUUCUUGCGCCAGCAAUGGAAUGACCCCAGGCUGGCAUACAGUGAGUACCCAGAUGAUUCUUUAGACUUGGACCCAUCGAUGUUGGAUUCGAUCUGGAAGCCGGAUUUGUUCUUUGCAAAUGAGAAAGGAGCCAACUUCCAUGAGGUGACAACAGAAAACAAGCUAUUGAGAAUUUUUAAAAAUGGGCUUGUCCUUUAUUCAAUAAGAUUGACUUUAAUUCUGUCGUGCCCAAUGGAUCUGAAGAAUUUCCCAAUGGAUGUUCAAACCUGCAUAAUGCAGUUGGAGAGCUUUGGCUAUACAAUGAAUGAUUUGAUCUUUGAAUGGGAUGCAGAUAAACCAGUGCAAACUGCAGAUGGACUAACCUUACCACAAUUUGUCCUGAAAGAAGAGAAAGAUUUACGCUACUGUACAAAACAUUAUAAUACAGGAAAAUUCACUUGUAUUGAAGUAAGGUUCCAUCUUGAGAGACAAAUGGGCUAUUACUUAAUUCAGAUGUACAUUCCAAGCCUUCUAAUUGUGAUUCUAUCCUGGGUGUCAUUUUGGAUAAACAUGGAUGCAGCCCCUGCUAGAGUAGCCUUAGGAAUCACAACAGUGCUCACCAUGACGACACAAAGUUCUGGAUCACGAGCUUCGUUGCCGAAGGUGUCCUAUGUUAAGGCCAUAGAUAUCUGGAUGGCAGUCUGUCUGCUAUUUGUGUUCUCUGCCCUCCUGGAGUAUGCAGCUGUGAAUUUUGUGUCAAGACAACACAAAGAGCUACUCCGUCUACGGAAAAGGAAACGGAAGAAUGUUGAGGGGGUGCUUGAUGGAAAUGAAAACGUAGAAACGAUACGACGUAGCAAUGGCUUGAGAAGCAACGAACCAAUAUACGGGACUUUGGCUCAAAUCUACAGUUCAAAUUUUGGGGACGACGAGGUGAGAGAAAGCCGCUUUAGCUUCACCACGUAUGGGGUGGGACCUUGCCUCCAAACAAAAGAUGGAGUCACUGCUAAAGGUGCAAUCAACGCCUCCCAGACUGCGCCAAAAAACCAAGAUGACAUGAGAAAACUCUUCAUCGACAGAGCCAAGAAGAUCGAUACCGUAGCACGAGCUGGUUUUCCUUUAGCCUUUUUAAUUUUCAAUAUUUUUUACUGGGUCAUUUACAAAAUCCUCAGACACGAGGACAUACACCAACAGCAAUAGUUGUAGGCCUCAAUCAGGCAUCAUUAACAACAUAUGUCAGUAACAGAAGUAACAUUGAAAGAGAUCUUAGUGUAAUAAUGUGGCCAUAUUGAGCCAGAAUUGAUUUUUAAUACACUGAGCAGUGAUGUUGGAUGAACUAUGCAAAUCUAAAGAGGAACCCAAAUGAAUAACAAUAGAUUAGUUGUCUAAUGCUUUCUGCAUUUUCACAUCGCACAGAGUACUUGGGAAGGGGAUUUUCACAUGACUGAGAAUAUGACAAAGUUAAAUAUUGGCUGAAAUAAAUAUGUUUAUAGUUUUCUUGUUUUGAUGUUUUGAAUUCAAUUUGAAGAUAGCAAUAAAUAAAUUACUGUAGACAUAUCAGGAGGAGUUGUUGCGGAAAACAACAAUUAUCUCGGAGGGAGAGCAGGUAAUUGGAAACUUGCAGUAUGUCUUCCAGUCAGUCGGGCUUCUUUUCUUUUCAUCCUCCGGACUUUAUUCAAUCUGGGAAUAGGAAGGCAACCUCUUGGCUGAUAAAAUAAGGGACGUGUUCACCCAUCCAAUUCCUGUCUUUUGCCCUUUCUCUACACCACUUAGUUGAUGUGGUGGGUUGUUUUUACAACCAAGUCUUGUUUAAAAACAGAAAGUGCUGCAGUAACUCAGCAGAUCUGAUGACUGCAUCUGUGGAAAGAAAAAGAGUGUUAACACUUUGAUUGGAUCUAGUGUAACACUUGUCCAGAACUGAGGAAUUAACUCUUUACCUUCGUCAAAGGUGAUUUUCUUUUUCAGAUGAAGGUAAAGAAGCUUCUUCUCAAUUGAAUCAACUAGCAAUCUCUGUUGAGCAUAUUUUUGAUGCAAUAGGGAUAAAGAAAAAUGUCGUGCCCAAGAAAUAAUGAACAAGCUUUGAGAUUUUCCAGCUCAAAUUAACUUUGGACAUCUAAGGAUACAGAAUAGACCUUGUUAAUGAAUUUGGAACUAGAUGAUUGCAGCCUCAAAAGGACAGGCUCUUGGGGAAGAGAAGUAACGAGGGGGAAAGGGAACUCCAUGGUAUAUUAGAGAUGUACAUUAGGAGUAUGCUUGCCAAUAAUGCUUUAUUUAAUUGAAAUUAAGGCCACGAGUCCACGGCUAUCGUGCUGCAGCACCAAAGAAGGAGAGGAAGCGAAACAGGAACACACAAGCCCAAAUUAGUCGCCUGUAGGUAGAAAGUGAGAUGUUGGGGGUGAGAUGGAUCAGUCUAUCAAUGUGAGGUCCUGUGAGAAAAUGAGACAGAGGUGGAGCCUAUGAAUUUCAACAAAGUGAGGCUGUAUUUCUUUUAAAUUUUUACUUCCAUAUUACAUAAUAUACAUGUAUGGACCAAUGCUGUUAGAUAAAGGGGAGAUACAGGAAAGUACCCCUUGCGAUCUUGUGAAAAUGCUAAACAGCUCUUUAAGCAUCUGUAAAUGAUAGCAGAUAACACAAGACUAAUUUUCAAGGUGUUUCUAUUAUAUGAACCAGCACAUGCAUUUUACAGAUUUUCUGCUUAACUCUGGUGAUGCAGCUGUUUUUUGCAAUGUGUAAAGUGUACUACAUGCUGUUAAGUGCAAUACAGCCGUAUUGCAUGCAUUGAUACAGAUACGCUGACUGCACCAUCUGUGCUCCAGUUUAAAAUAGCAGAUGACACAAGGUAACUUCAGACUGUUAUCCAUUUCUGGUUCUUAGCCUUUGCAUAUGAGAGACUGACGAACAGGAUUAUACCCAUGAAUCUUACUUCUACAUUUAUCCAUGGCUUACGGUGUUACAAGCCACCUUUGUGCCAGCUGAGGAGUGCAGGUGAAGUAGAUUCUUUGAAAUAAGUUGACAGAUGUGGACUGUUCAAGGUUUCAGCCUUGUUACCAAAAGCAUUUCUGACAUUCCUGGCUUGCUGCUGAUUACUGCCAUAGUGUAGGCUGAGAGACCCCAUUGCAAGGAACACACUCUUGAUGCAGUGAGACGGGCAAAAAUUGGAGCUCAUUUGGGGAACUCAAAAAUGGACAUUAUCUGGUGAUUCCUUAAUGGGAAUGCAUUCCAGCUGACUUAGAAUUUCUCAAAAAUCACAUAUGUCCAUGAUAAGAGUAUUUUCAACUGAUGGGUAUGUCAGAGUGUAAAGCUAUUACAGAAGUAUAAUAAGAGGCAUAUUUACAGUGAUUGGAAUUUCCCAUGUAAGGAGAGUGCACUCCAAUCAGGCCUCACUGAUUUUCACAUUCGACCCCAGGAACUUGUUUCUAAUGUUACAGCGCUGUGUAAUAAAGAGAGACCCUGGAGGGUACAGGGGCAGUUUUGAUAUCGGGCCAUAACGUAUAGCAUACAGACAAUAUUGUCUCAACGACCCAUUGCACAUUCUUCCAUUAUUCAUUCUGACAAAGGUCAACAGGAAUGAAAAUCAGGAGCAAUGUGUCAUUUGAUGUCACCUAUUUUGUCUGGUCAGCUGAAACAAAAAUGGCUCCUUCCCCAGGGGAUAGAUAUGAAGAGAGAGGGGCUCUCAUCUUUACUUCCGUGAAGCAGUAGGCCUUAAAUUGAUGAUGGAGGUGUUGAAUCAAAUUUUUCUGGGACCACACACUCACCAAGUUCCCUGCAAGCUCCAUUGUCUAUAGAUAGGCUUCCAGUUAGCCAGACUUUUAUCCAGUGAACACCAAUCUAGUCUUGAUUGUAGUCAAGCCUUAGAACUCCAUUUUGAAGGCCAGUGUGUCCUUAGUUCUUGCACGUGUGCAAUGACGUUUUACUUUUAAGGGAACAAAACAUGUACAGAAUAGGUGAAUGUUCAUUUUACAGUUUUAAAGUCUAAAAUUUACAAGAAGUAGCCUUUUUUCCUUUUUUCUAAAUUAUACAGCCGUGAGGUGUCUUUUACAAUAGAAGAAAUUUUUCCACAGUUACUUCAUAUAUUUGUCUGGAUGUUGCAUGUUAUUUCUUAUUGAAGGUUAAUGUUGGUUUUAUUUCUUAUUAUUAGCAAGUGCUACUUUUUAAUGUAAAUCUAAAGGAAAUGCUGAACAACUCUCAACGAUGCUGUUUGUUGUACUACGUGCAAGGAAAUACUUUUUGAACAAAUAUACUUUCCAGCAGUUGAAAAGCAAGACACUUGUAUUGUGUUAGGCUCACUGGAAAUAAUACCAUGUAAUAUUGCAUUAUAAGCACUUCCUUUGAUUGUGUCAAAUUCAAUGUUCUAGCAUUUUAAGAAGGAAAGAGCAUUGAUAUGGAGUUUAAGUGAUGAGUGUUAUGGAGAAGGGGAGGUUAAAUGAAAGAAAAUCCCUGAUAUUCAGUUUAUAAGUAACAAGUGACAAUUUAUUUAUGUAACCCUAAAAAUGAACAAAUUAACAGAACCACUAACAAACCAAACAAUUCCCACCUCAGUCCAAACUACUCCCUAACUGAACAAAAUUUGACUAGUAUGCUAUUCCAAUAAACGCAAGUCCCAAUAAUAUAAUCAGAGUAAUAACAAUAAAAAUACUUAGUCUCUCAAAGUCCACACAGAAUAUGUCUUCUGGAAUGUUCUGCCUUCUCCACAGUCUCUACAGUAAUAAAUACAUUUCUUCUGCUGUUCUCAAGUCAUAAAUGCCUUUCUUCCAUUGAUCCUAAUUUCAGGGAUGUACUUUUUUCUGUGAAGACUCUUUGUUAGAAUUGCUGUGUACCUUUUAUGGAUAAAAUGGUGCUUUCUUAGAGAGCUUAGUGAUUGCUUGUGAGAGAUAGGCGCUUAUUACUCAGAUGGCGGUUCACUGUCAUACCAAUUUUCGAAAACCUUCUCCUUAUAUACCUUGGAUGACAUAUCAAUUUUCUUACAAUAGCAUUGGUCUGAACCAUCAGAUUUAAAUUUCUUUCAAUCGCUAAGUGCUUUGUUUGAAUUAAUUGAGUGAUUCCAGCUAAUUGCCAAAACAUCAAAAGAAGCCGAAGGUUUCCAAUCACACAGCCUGUUCAUACGUUUCAGUUUUAGAACUGGCUGUGCAUUUUCAGCAACAUGCAGACUUUUGUUUCUCUGUAAAUCUCUAAGCUUAGCAAAGCAUCUUGUCUCUUAAAGGAACCAAACACUGCAAACAACUUCAUAACAUUAGCUCCAGUCAAAGAACCAUGACUGGCACAGGCAUGAUGGGCUAGAAGUCUCCCAUUGUGCAGGGAAUCCAGUGACAGUCUAUGACAUCAAAUACCAUUAAAACUAAACUUCUCUUAAAAUUGCAGAGGGUGGUGCAGGUUAUUGAAGGCACAAGGUUGAGGCAUUCACACAGCGUUAUUUUUCAGCCUGUAAACGAACCAAAAGGGAUUUAUUAUCCAAAAAUCUACAGCUUUGGCAAUUUCCUGAUUGCUUUUAUUUUGUAAAGAGUUAGCCAGUCAAUCAUUCAUCUCUUUUAAAGCUUUUCGAAGAGAAUUGUAAAACUGUCCAGAUUCCAGAGUCUAACUGCAGCAAGUGCAUUUUUGGGUGAGCUGUUAUUUACAGACAAUUAUUGUAUAUUAAUAAUGGACUGAUGGCAUAAGAAAGGUCUAAUUCUCACAGCUUCGUUGAAUAAUACACAAAAAUGCUGGAAAUCAUAAACAGUAGCAGGGUAUUCGCAAAAAGACCAACAACUGAAAGAGAAAAAUAGGUUGUUAUUGUUGUGGUGUGGCUAUUCAUCAGACUUUCACACUAAAAAACCUCUAAUCAAGGUCCCAUGAGGAAUUAAAGAUCAGGAUCCUGUAUGCUGCUGCCAGCAGCAACAGGGGAAAGUCAAUAGGCAUAAAAUCAAAAAAAAGUAUGCGCAUUUGUUUGCAUUUAAAUCUUGGGCCAUUUAGUUUAUUAGUUAUAAAAACACUGGAGGUGCCGACGCUUGUCUGACUGAAGAGGACAGUUGGAAGCAGGAGGUUACAUGUUGUAACCCCCAUGACUGACCGUCCUUUGGCAGUCCUAUUUGUUUUCAGUCUGAAAAAUUAAAGGGAAGCUUAAAAGAAUAAUAGAGGAGAUGGAGUGGGAAAACCACCAAAAUACCUCACGAACUUGAUUAAAAUUCAGCAUUAAGGCUCCUCUUUUGGUGAAGCUAAGUGCGAGAGUAAAUUUGAUAAGCUAAGGUUGUUGUCUUUGGAACAGAGGAGAUUGUGUACGGAGCCAUGAGGAGUGUGAAUAAGAAGAUCAUUUUACCACUUGGCUUGGGUGCCCAAAAUGAGGAAGUAUAGAUCGAGGUUAAGAGGUGGGAGGUUUACAAUAAAUUUGAAUUUUUCACAUUAGAGUUUGGUGGGGGGGGUGCUCAGGAGGGGUUUGGGAGAAUUCGGAACUCACUGACUGAUAGGUGGCUGAGGCAGAAACUCACCGGCUGAUAGGUAGCUGAGGCAGAAACCGUUGUGACAUUUCAAAAUUACUUGGCUAUGCACUUUUAAGUCAUGGAACUGACAAGGUGAUAGACUGAGAGCUGGAAAGGCGUUGCACUGAAUGACUACUUGUCAGCACAGUUGGCCAAAUGAUUUUAAUCAUGCUGUAAAUUUCUAUAAUGUGAUUCUCUGAAGGAAGCCUAGAUCAGCUUCUGUCAACCACACUGCUUCCUGAUGUUCAAGUUGGUGCUUAACUGCUGGCAAGAGGUGUGAAUUUUUUUUUGCUGUGUAAUACAUCCAGGGGUAUAAAAGACUGCAAAGCCAAGGCAUGCGGAUGGAGUUAAGAUACAGAUCAGCAUUCAAACUAAUUGAAUCAUGGAAAAGAUUGACCUGUAAGUAGAAGCUACCUAUAAUUGAAGUGAAAAACAAUCUGGUAUGAGUCAAACUAUGAAGGUUAAAUGUUAGGCUGUUGUACUUCUCCAGCUAUCCUACUGUGUGCUUAUGACAGUUUGGCGAUCUAAUGUCACUAAUGCAAAUGCAUUGCCAAGAAAUAUUCCAUUUCCUUUAAAUUUAAUUGAGAGAAAACAGGAGAGAAAUGUUAGUAUUACAUUAACAGUAAGGUAGGCUUAAAGAAAGAAGUGUGUGUUAAACAGACAAAUCAUCAUUAAGGUAAAUGCCUAAUCUUUAAAAUUUCAACUCACUAUCAGUGCAGAGUCUACUUAUCACAAAACAAAUGUUAAUCUGAACACUUAUAAAUUUCACUGAUGAAUGUAACCUGCUUUGGGUAUCUUGGAACUCUGAAAACGUUGUAUGUGACAUGAUCUAAGUUUUUCUAAUCAAUCUAUUCAGAGAUGUUAUUACCACCUCUGGAAUAGGAGGGAUUUGACCUCAUGCCUCAAGACUCUGAGAAAAUAUCACUGCACCAUAGGACUCCCAUCGUGAUCUUAUAUUACAGCCCUUUACUUGUAUUGUUCUUAAUUGCAUGUAUAUCUGACAAACCACUGCAAACCACAUAUACACGCAGUGUGCAAAGUUCAUCAUCAUCAAUAGUCUGACUAAUGUAGUUUACUUUUUGGGAGCUGUAUUAAGUUGAGCCUGUGAGGCUCCAGAUCCAUAUUGGAUCCUGAUAGAGGAGCAGUUGUAGUCAGCUCUUUAAGGGUAACCAAUGAAUUUAAAAGGAUAGAGACAAUAAUCUUUAUAUGGAUAAAAUGUCUUCCUGUUGAUCACAGCUUUAAAGGGCAGGACUUCUGUGCUUAAAGGGGCAGAAGCUCCAAUUCCAAACAGGUAAUUGGCUGCUAGACAUGAAAUUCAAUCAGUAUUCCUAUUGCAGGCCACAGCUUGGUUGCCAGAGUGACCACUUCGCGAUAAAAUCCUAAUCCCGAGUUCAAGUUCCAUCAGAGCAGAUGCUAAAAUUCAUGUUUAAUUAAUCAAUACAUCUGGCACAAAAAGGUAAUUUCAUUAAUAAUGAUAUUAAAUUUGUCAUAAAAAACAACGCGCUAGUGCCCUUCAAGGAAUGAUAUCUGCUAUCCUUGCUCGGUCUGUACUCCACCAGUCUCCAGAUCCAAGCCAAGGCACAGCAGGCCACGCAGCAUCUCAGGAGCACAACCAACAUGUUUGACUCUUAACUUUCUACUGAAUUGACUCAGCAAGUCCUUAAUUGUAUCAAUAAUAAAAACACACUGAAGUAUUCCCACAACUACGGUUCAAGAUUAUUCACUAACAUCUUCUCAAGAACAAAUAGAGUUGAUUCUGCAUUGCCAAUACAUAUAUGUCCCAAGGAUAACAAAGUGUGGAGCUGGAUGAACAC